CGACAUAACCUAAAAAACCGGAGUAAAAAAAACCGGAGUCAUCGAUUGAUGGCUGGUUUACGGUACUUCCGGUGAUUUCAGUAAAAUUCGUCAACAUUCAGUCGCCUUCAGGAAACUCGACGAGCCAGGGUGCAAUGAAGGAACCCGAGGCAGAUCCGAAGAACGUCAUCAAGAGCAGAGAGCUGCUCUACAGAUUGAUGAUCAGGUUUAAUCUGCAACUGUAGCUUCAUCAGCAGAUAACAAAAGUAGGAUAUGUGAUGGAUCAUCAAAUGAGUCAUGUUAAUCAUGAUUUCAGUCAGCUGUUCUACGAUGGUCAUCAGACACUAGCCGUACAGUUAUCCAAUAUGAUACAGGCGGAACCUCCGUGUCCACCCUCGGAUCGGCUGCUUCAUCUGAUGUUAAUUGGCACUGCUCACGAGCCAGAUCGUUCCAAGAAGGAUAACAGCACUAGCUUGUCUACAUUUGCAUCAAGUUUCGAUAACACUCUAGGUCCUGGAUUAGAUCUAGAAUUUGAGACGGAAACUCAGACACAAGCACCAGAACCAGCGCAAUAUGAAACGGCGUAUGUCACGUCCCACAAAGGAAACUGCAGAGCUGGAGCUUUCUCGUCAGAUGGUCAGUUGAUAGCUACCGGCUCUGUAGAUGCCUCGAUCAAGAUCCUAGAUGUGGACAGAAUGCUAGCUAAGUCUGCACCAGAAGAGAUCGCGCCCGGAGAUCAGACAGGAGGUCAUCCAGUUAUAAGAACUUUAUACGAUCACUUAGAGGAAGUGACAUGUUUGGAGUUUCAUCCCAGGGAGCCUAUACUUGUGUCUGGUAGUCGCGACUUCUCUGUAAAGUUGUUUGACUUUAGUAAAGCCAGCGUCAAGAAGGCGUUUAGAACCAUCACGGACGCGGAUCAAAUUCGAUGUCUGUCUUUCCAUCCAACCGGAGAUUUUCUCAUAGUCGGGACUAAUCAUCCAAUAGUUAGAUUGUACGACGUAAACACCGCACAAUGCUUCGUGUGCAGCAUACCGAGUCACCAACAUACAGCCGGGAUAACGAGUAUCAAGUACUCGCCAGACGCGAAGACUUACGCAUCGGCGGGAAAAGAUGGUAGCAUUAAACUUUGGGAUGGUGUGUCUAAUCGAUGUGUGAACACCUUUGCAAAAGCGCAUGACGGUUAUGAAGUAUGCUCGGUUAUUUUCACAAGGAAUGGCAAGUAUUUACUGUCCUCAGGGAAAGAUUCCUUGAUAAAGUUAUGGGAAUUAUCUACUAGCAGAUGUCUAAUAGCAUAUACAGGUGCUGGAACUACAGGUAAACAGGAACACAAGGCACAGGCUAUCUUUAAUCAUACUGAGGAUUAUGUGAUGUUUCCUGACGAAGCAACUACUUCAUUAUGCGCUUGGAACUCUCGAAACGCAUCGAGAAAGCAACUACUGUCUCUAGGUCACAACGGUCCCGUGAGGAUGAUCGUGCAUUCGCCGACAGCUCCUGCAUUUUUGACAUGUAGCGAUGAUUUCAGGGCAAGAUUUUGGUUUCGAAGAAUGCCAACGCACUAAUGCUUCGACAUUUAAAGGACAUUAAUAGUGGGACAAUCUUUCUGAUAAUUUCCAUUAUACAGAAUAGAGUAGAGCAGAGAGAUUAAAAGACAUUUAAGAUCGGAUACAUCGGUACAUAAUUAUGAGAAAAAGAAAACGAAAAA